AUGGAACAUUUGGACAUCAGAGAUGGCAUGUCCUGUAUGUUAGUCUGCAAGGGAUGGUAUCAACUCGAUCGGUUUGAAAUAAUCUGGAAAACACUCUUAUCCAAUUGGUUAUUAUUCAAGAUUCGUAAUUGUCAAGAAUUGCUGGAAACCUUCUCUAAAAAAUCUGUUCAAUACAAAAUUUACAAAACAGUUUCUGAUAAUUUGAGAAAGUUUCACACUGUACAUAUUUUGAAUGAAAAGGUGAACGAGCAUUCAUUUGUGAAAUAUAUGAAGAAUGUGGAGGAAAGAUCAGUAAUUUUUGGAACUCGAUUCAAAAUGUUGAUACCAUUAGCAUUGAAUUCUAUUUUUUCAAUCAUGAUGAAUAAGGCUUUGCAAGAAAUGAAUACUGAUUUUCAGCAUAGUAUUGUUGAUUACACACAUACUGGAGUAAUAGCUCAAUAUUUCUUGUCAAAAGCCAAGAAAUUUACAAAAUAUGGAAGGGUAAUGGAAGGUUUGAUGGCUAAGGAAUAUUGGACACAAUUUUCAAAAUCAAUGUUUAAAUUGAAUCUUUGCAAUCUAACAAUAACGGAUUCAAUAAUUGAGUUUAUGAGAAAUUUUAAACCAAUACUUGAUGAUUCUGAAUUGUUAGAGUAUAUUUGUAAAUAUAGAACGAAUGAAAAUCUACUGAAAUUUAUCAAGGAAUACAUUUCAAUCGAUGGAAAUGUGAAAAAAGCAAGUGAUCCAUCGAAAAUAUCACUACCAUCUCAAUCAAUGUUUAAACUUCCUUAUCCAUCUCUUUUAGGACUUGAAUGCUGGUUUGAUUGUAUGGAAAUAUUAUAUCCUGGCAUGUCUGAGAUAAUAUUUGAUUAUAGUUUGAACCUAAUUGGAUAUACCAACAGAUUGAUAUUAUUGAAUGUACCUCCAAAUUUUGAAUAUCUUAAAAAGUAUUGUGAGAUUGUAAGAGUUAAAAAGAUUAACCUAUUAGAUGUAAAUUUACUAAACAAUGAGAAUGAAUAUGAUUUGCUUAAAGAAAUGUACAAUCAUGAAAUGAUAGAUGUUAAUGAUAUUAAGAGACUUGUACACACACGCAUUUACCACAAUGUCAAUACCAAUCCAAUGAAAUUUAUAAGAGUAUUGAAGGAUUUUGAUCCCUAUGAAAUUUAUAUGAUAGGAGAGCAUCCUUAUCACUUUGUGAGAUCGUUCUUUGUUGUGUGCUAUAAUCGCUCAUUUAACCACUAUUUUAAGGAUUUUUACAAUGAAUAUGGAACAUUUGAUUUGGAUAAGUUGCCUGUGGAUAUGAAAAGGGAAGAGGAUAUUGUUUUCUAUCAGAAAAAAGUCAUAUCCUAUUUUGGAAGUAUAUUUUAUGACUCUUCAGAAUUUCUUGAAUCUUUAGAAAUGGUUGACAAAUAUUUCAAACAGCAACUGUUAAAUGAUGAAAUAAUCGAAGAUUUGUGCUUUAAAAUAAUAGAUAGAGGAUACCAAUCAGACAGGAAAAUAUUGGAAGUUUUGGCUGCUGCAAUGAAACACAUCUCAGUCAGAGGUACUAAUGUGUCAUUUGAAGAACAUUGCCAAACCUUCUGUACCAAAUAUUUUGACCAUGGUGUCUCUUUGGAUUUUAUGCAGUGUGAAAAUGGUUCUGAGGAUCGAUUAGCACUUCUUUAUCAUUGUUGCAGGGCCUUAAUUAAUCAAGUUCAGUCUCAAUCCAAAGCUAGACCAAUCAUGUGA